AUGGUGAAGCAUUUCCUGGGCCAGAGCGUGCUCCGGAGUUCCUGGAACCAAGUGUUCGCCGCCUUCUGGCAGCGGUACCCAAAUCCCAACAGCAAGCAUGGCCUGACAGAAGACCUAGUGCACCGGGAGGUGACUCCUGACCAGAAGCUCCUGUCCAGGCGACUCCUGACCAAGACCAACAGGAUGCCCCGCUGGGCAGAGCGACUGUUUCCUGCCAAUGUCGCUCACUCGGUGUACAUCCUGGAGGACUCCGUUGUGGACCCACAGAAUCAGACCAUGACCACCUUUACCUGGAACAUCAACCAUGCCUGGCUCAUGGUGGUGGAGGAGCGCUGCGUUUGCCGCGUGAAUGCCUACAACAAUGGCUGGACUGAAAUCCACCGGGAAGCCUGGGUCUCCUCCAACUUGUUUGUUGUCUCCCGAGUUGUCCAGGAAUUUGGGCUGGCCCGGUUUAAAAGCAAUGUGACCAAGACGAUGAAGGGCUUUGAAUACAUCCUGGCCAAGCUGCAAGGUGAGGCCCCUCCUAAGACGCUUGUUGAAACCGCCAAGGAAGCCACAGAAAAGGCAAAGGAGAUGGCACUGGCAGCUACCGGGAAGGCCAAGGACCUACCCAGCAAGGCAGCCACCAAGCAGCAGCAGCAGCAGCAGUUCGUGUAG